CAAAAGGCUCCGGCGCAGCGGUAGCAGGGUAGAAAAGGCAAGGGAUUUGAUUGCGCAAGUAUCAGACUGGCACGCCAGUUCCACUGUAUCGAUUGAUUCGCCAGGACUCGAAAAGUCAAGAGUCUUUGAACGCGGAGGAUGCCUGAGAUGACCGCACACCAGUCACUCCAAGAGGAACCAAACACGUGUUCGUUGUAGGGGUGAAGGUUUGGAUGAUCCAGCCUGGAGAUACACUUUGUAAAUUGUCUUCACGUUAUUGAAGGAGUGACCAGUUAUUUCCUGUGUAACACCAAUUCAUCAGCUGUCGAUCUGGGAGAAGAAUGUAUACCUCAUUCCGGCUUUGUGACUGAAAUGAAGUUUUCUGUUGUAACUUGGUGAAAUCCACUGGAACCGGGGUGCUGAGAACACACCAGCAUUGAUUCACUGGAGAUCAGUUCUUCAACUGCACUGAUUGUGCAAGGGAGUCACUACGUUCGAUAUCUGACUUGACAAAUUGCCGGAGAAUUUAUAGUACAGAGUUAUCACAGACGUGCUCCUUGUGUGGGAAGGGAUCCUGUCACUCAGCAGGCUUGCAGGAACACGAGGGAGUUCACACUGAGGAGGGGCUAUUCACCUAGUUUGUGUAUGGGAGGGAAAGUACGCAGUCAUCUAGUCUGAAGAUACAUCAGCGAGUUCACCUGUUUCGACUCAUUCAGUUGUCUAGGCUGAUGAUACGUCAGAAAAUUCACUCCAGGGAGAGCCAGUUCACCUGCUCCGUGUGAGAAAGGGGACGUCCUCAUCCAUCCAGCCUGAAGACACGUCAGUAAGUUCACACCAGAUUGACAAGAUUCACCCAUUCUGACUGUGGGAAGCGAUUCGCUCUGUCAUCCAGACUGAAGAUACACCACACCAUUGUCUGUGUGCGGGAAGAGAUCAACUCAAUCAAUCCACCUACUGACGCUUCCGCGAGCCCGCGCGAGAGGGAGGGAGACUGUUCAGCUGUUGCGUGUGUGGGAAAGGAUUCACUGCUUCAUCACCCACGAUGAGUCACCAGGAAAUGCACUCCGAGGAGAGUCCGGUCACCAGCUCGGACGGUGAGAAGGGGUUUACUGAGCCGUCUCACCUGCAGGCGCACCAGGGAGUUCACACAGGAGAGAGGCCGUUCACCUGCUCUGAGUGUGGGAAGGGGUUCACUCACUCCUCCCACCUGAUCAGACACCAGCGAGUUCACUCCGGGGAGAAGCCGUUCAUUUGCUCGGACUGCGGGAAGGGAUUUAUUCAGUCGUGUCACCUGCAGAGGCACCAGCGAGUUCACACUGGGGAGAGACCGUUUAUCUGCUCCGACUGUGGGAAGGGGUACACUCAAUCUUCUGACCUGCUGAUCCACCAGCAAGUUCACACCGGGGAGAGGCCAUUCACCUGUUCUGAGUGUGGGAAGGGAUUCACUCAUUCAUGCUACCUGUUGAGUCACCAGCGAGUUCACACUGGGGAGAGACCGUUCACCUGCCCAGACUGUGGGAAGGGAUUCACUCAGUCGUCCUACCUGAUAAAACACCAGCGCGUGCACACCGGGGAGAGACCAUUCACCUGCCCUGACUGUGGGAAGGCAUUCACUCGGUUAUCACACCUGCAGGCACACCAGACGGUUCACACUGGGAAGAAGCCGUUCACCUGCUCAGAUUGUGGGAAGGGAUAUAAUGAAUUGUUUCACCUGCAGGCCCACCAGCGCGUUCACACGGGCGAAAGGCCGUUCACCUGCUCUGUGUGCGGGAAGGGAUUCACGUACUCGUCCCACGUGAUGAGGCACGAGCGAAUUCACUCAGGUGAGAGGCCGUUCAGCUGCACGGUCUGCGGGAAGGCGUUUGCUCAGUCAUCUCACCUGCAGACGCACCUGCGAGUUCACAGAGGGGAGAGACCGUUUAUCUGCACCGUCUGCGGGAAGGGAUUCGCUCAGUCGUCCGAACUGCUGAAGCACCAGCGGGUUCACACCGGGGAGAGGCCGUUCACCUGCACUAAAUGUGGGAAGGGAUUCACUCAGUUAACCCACCUGGUGAAGCACCAACGAGUUCACAGUGAGAAGCCGCCUGUCCUUUGUGAGCAAGGAGGUUUACUUGAUUGCAGACGGCGACUUCCCCGGGGUUUUGUCCCAACUACUCCUCGUUCCUUGGGGCUCUGGACCAAGGAGGAAUGGCAGGGGUGGUUAAACCCCCUCCCUGCUCGGUCAUUUGCGUCUCUUCCACUGAUUUCAAACGGCUGUGCCUCACACAGACGGUUUUAUUUUGGCAACACGCCACCCUCUCUAACGCAUGAGAUCGGAAAGAAAACCCGCAGAUGCAGAGUUGGCCAUCGGCGACCCACUGCGCGUGCGCCGGGGAUUGCGGCUCCCGGUGCCCGCCAAACGCGCAUGCGCGCCGAGGACAAAGGGCUCCGGUCCGGAGGUUCGGCGGGACGCCGACAGAAUUCCGCUCGGUCAUCCCAGCUACAGACACAGCAGUCGGUUCACACUGGGAAGAUGCCGUUCACCUGCUCAGACUGUGGGAAGGGUUUCACUCGGUCAUCUGACCUACUGGCACACCAGGCGGUUCACACUGGGGUGAUGCCAUUCGCCUGCUCAGACUGUGGGAGGGGAUUCACUCAGUCAUCUCAGCUGAAGGUACAUCAGAGGGUUCACACUGGGGAGAGGCCGUACACUUGCUCUGAAUGUGGGAGGGGAUUCUCUCAGUCGUCCAACCUACAGAAGCACCUGUCAGUUCACACUGGGGAGAGGCCGUUCACCUGCUCAGACUGCGGCAAGGGAUUCACAAAGUCAUCUGAUCUACUGGCACACCGGUCAAUUCACACCGGGGAGAUGCCGUUCACCUGCUUUGAUUGUGGGAAGGGAUUCACUCAGUCGUUUCAGCUGAAGGUACAUCAGCGAGUUCACACCGGGGAGAGGCCGUACACUUGCUCUGAAUGUGGGAAGGGAUUCACUCAGUCAUCUAGCCUACAGACACACCAGCGAGUUCACACAGGAGAGAGGCCAUUCACCUGUUCCAUGUGUGGGAGGGGAUUCACUCAGUCAUCCCAACUACAGACACAUCUGUCCGUUCACACUGGGGAGAGGCCGUUCGCUUGCUCAGACUGUGGGAAGAGAUUUACUCUGUCAUCUCAACUGAAGGUACAUCGGCGGGUUCACACUGGGGAGAGGCCGUUCACCUGCUCCGAAUGUGGGAAGGGAUUCACUCAGUCAUCCAGUCUGCAGAAGCACCAGUCAGUUCACACCGGGGAGAGGCCAUUCACCUGCUCAGACUGUGGGAAGGGAUUUACACAAUCGUCUGAUCUACUAGCACAUCAGUCAGUUCACACUGGGGAGAUGCCGUUCACCUGCUUAUUCUGUGGGAAGGGAUUCACUCGGUCCUUUGACCUGCUGGCUCACCAGUCAAUUCACACCGGGGAGAGGCCAUUCACCUGCUUAGAAUGUGGGAAGGGAUUCACUCGGUCAUCUCACCUGUUAACACAUCAGCGAGUUCACACUGGGGAGAGACCGUUCACCUGCUCGGUGUGUGGGAAGGGAUUCACUCAGUCGUUUCAGCUGAAGGUACAUCAGCGAGUUCACACCGGGGAGAGGCCGUAUGUCUGCCCUGAAUGUGGGAAGGGAUUCACUCUGUCAUCCAACCUGAUGAGACACCAGCGAAUUCACAUGGGUUGAGAGAACAUUCACCCGUCCGGUGUGUGGGAAGGGAUUCACUCAUCCAUUCAAUCCUAGGAACAGGACUGAGUUCACACUGGGGGAAAAGUUUCAAUAAGCUGCCUGCUGGAUAUUUCACCGUCACAGUUGCUGAAUCCAGAGGCAAGUUGAAAUGGGACAGUUGGGUGUCGAACUGUGCGAUUAUUGCUGCUGAUGUUCACCUGUAAUGGGACUGGAGUUUCAUAUUCUGCAUCUGUGACUAAUAAUUAAAUUGUAUUUUAAACCCUGUCUCAGGUGCUCAGUGGACCUACAGAAUACACAGUGUACAGUGGGGAGUCAAUUCAGCCCAGCUGGUCUGACAGUGUUUCUGUUCCAUGACAGUCCUUUAACUCCAUCCCUGCUGUUCACCUCUCACUCUCCCUGUGGUCAUGGGUUCCAAACGGUCACUGCAUUGUGUCUGAAGAGGUUUCCCAGGAAUUCCCUGCAUGACUUUCUGCAGACUGAAGAAGAAUGAGCUCACUGCAGUUAUGUCUCCCGUGUUCUUUGUCCCUUCAAUCUCUGCACUGCGGGAGAAUGCUGCUGGUUGUUAACCUCCGUAUUCCAGGCUCAUUUCAAUGUCGUGGGUCAUUCUCACUGCUUCUGAAGGGCUGUUAGAAUACACCACCGUCCUCUGAACUCAGAGAGGAGGGUGGGGAACCAUUAGCUGGGUGUUCAGUGGAGCAGGAUGAGAAACCAGGGAUGGGUCGGCAGGGGUCAGGGUUUGGGGCUGUGGGCAGUGGUGGGGGUCGGAGCAAAUGAUGAGGAACAGGGGUGUGGCAAUGAAUGACAGAGUGGCAACAUUUGGAGACUGAAGGACAGGGAAACGAACUCGGUAAACUUCGACUGCACAAAUACAACACGCUUUCCCUAUCCCGUGUUUUGGCUGCACACAGCACCAGGCCGGAUUUGUCCAGGCUCUGGUUGCAGACACGUGUUUGUUUUGUGGAAGAUCCCAGAAGUCCUGUUAUUGAGUA